UCUGCUGGUGUGGAAGACAGCUGUUAUCAGCAGUCAGGACAGUGUUGUUUAUGCUUUGUGAAAUCCUUCCGGAUAAUUGUAUGGUUGUUUAACACACUGACUUUCGGUGUCCGUGUCCCGGCUGUCUGUCUGCAUCUGUCCCGGGCUUUCGUCGCUCCUCGCGCGGCCUGUCUCCUCCGUGUUGACCGGACCAUGGUUUUGUCAACAUCACAGCAAGUCGCCCUGGCUUUCACGGCGGUGCUUUUUACAUUUGUCGUCCUGCCGAGGUUGUUUGGCGUCGGCGGAGGCACAGGGACCAAGGAAACCAGAUUUGACCCUCGCUACACUAGGAAAGCAGGUCCAGGUCCCGGUGCAGUCAGAGGUCAACCCAUCAACAUGAACGGGCCGGGGUCAUCUCAGACCUCUGAGAACAUGCAGCAGAUGAAGAAGCUGAUGGAGCAAGAGCUGAAGAGUGACAAGUACAAAUCCAACAGCAACAAGGGCUAUGUAUUUACACUCAUGCCUCUGUAUGCCAUUGGAGUUGGAGUAUUUGCAGCCUACAAGUUUUUAAAGAUCAAGUCUGCUGAUGACCAGGCUCAAAAGGAAAAAUUUGCAAAAGGGGCCAAAAAAUCAGUGGAGGCAGAAAACCAGUUAAACGAGCUAGAACAAAGGCUCGCCCAGACUGAGCGGAUGCUUAAUUCUAUCCUCACCCAGUUGGAUCCACUUACUAACUGUGUGAAGUCAGUGGCUCAAGAACAGAAAAAUGAGAUUAUGAGCCAACUCCAGACCAUCCGAUACCUGAUGAAGAAGAGAGGAAUGGACUGUCCGCCCCUUAACAUUAACGAAGGGUCUUGUGAGCGUAACCUGGAAGACCUCAUUGAGUCCCUCGGGGCCAGUGACACCUUGGCAGCAGAAGCUUCAGUAGUGAACAAGCAGACAUCUGAAGGAGCAGCAGGGGCGUCUGAACUCUGCCAGAAACCUUUAGAAGAUGAAGACGAGGCUCCAAGUGAAAGCACAGAGGUGAAGGAGCUCACACAGGAGGAAUCUGAACAGGAAGGGGAUGGAGAGGAGGAUGGAGAGGGCGAAGGAUUGGAAGACUCUGAGCUCAUGCCUUCGUUAGAGGACGGCACUGAAACAAACAUUGAGGAGAUAGGAGUGGAGCAGCUGGUAUCUGGACUCAGGCGACGCAACAGGCCAGAGUGAACUGUCUGCAGGACACUGUGCAGAAAUGUGACCGAUUAUUCUGAAUAUUUAAUAUCAGAGAGGUUUUCAGAGUCCAUCUACAUGUUCAUCCAACAUUAUAUUUAUCAGAGUAAACACAUAGGGCUAUCUUUUCCUGUUGCAGCUACAAAGACAUGUGGUAAAUGGGUUACAGUAAAUGAUUAUUUUCAUCAUUGAUUAGUCUGUCCUUCGUAAAUUCCUUAAAUUGACAUGAGUGCUGUUUUUCACUAGUCCAGGAGGAAAUGCCAAAAUACUUCCCUGACCCACAAUAGGCAACAAAUAUGCACAAAUGUUGUAUAUUUGUUUUGGAAAAAAUCACUGAAAUUAGGAUUUUGAUUCUGUCAGCUAAUUGGUUAUUCAUUGCCUCUCCAGUGCUUGGGUCCCAUUAGAUUUCAGCAGCCAUUUAAAAAUGUUCAUGUUAAAAGAAAAGCUUAAAUCACAGUUGGUCAACAUUUCAGUGUUUAUGUGUGCACUUAUGAGGUGCAUCUUGUUAAAUAUAAACUUAAAAGCCAGUUAUUCAGCUCAAACAUUACAGAAGAUAAUGUGAAAAGACUGGUAUCUGGUGGAUUUUUUUUAAUAACGCAAAAAAUUUUUUAGCAAGUUGGAAGCGAACUUUCACAAAAUUCACCAAAAAUAAAAAUGUAAAGUUUGACAAGGCUCUAAUACACAGAGGAUGUGGAACACUCUGAAAUGACUGAUGUCUUUUUUCAUGUUUGAGACAGAGAAAUAAUGUCUCCUCAUCAUAACCACCACAAACAGGUGAUCAAUCAGAAUCUACGUCAGAAUUUUUGCCAAAAAAAAAAAGUGUUUCCAUGUCCGCUAGGUACAUUUAUUUGCUCUUUGGCAAAAAAAACAAGACAAGAUAACUUGUGAGGUUUUUUUUUUUUUCUUUUUUUGGGGAAAUUUAUCUUAAAUUUUGUUAUUUUCAUUAUGAGAGAUGUCAAAAUGCAAAUUAAAUAUGGUUUACGGACUCACAUCUACAGACACCACUCCAGAAUCUAAUGCGAAAUAGCCACGUAUAUGGAAGGGGGGGGUUAUGCCAUGUCUUAUUCCACCCCUUCCUAUUGCAUGUUUUCAUUGAAAUACUAGCUGAUUACAGAGCUGAGCUAGAUCCAGAUUCAUUUUACUCUUAUGUGUGAGAUCAUUUUGCACCACAUUAGCUUUAUAAAACAUACUACGACAUAUAUUUCUACACUUCUGUCUUUCUUUAUCAGUGCCACUUUACAUUUUAACCUUUAGAUUACACUUCAUGUGUUUAAGUAAAAGUCAUCCUCAGUUUUACGUACAUUUGUUUAUUCAGUGCGUUUACUGUAUACGCUCCCUGGGUGUAUCAUUGUUGAGGUUUUUUCUGCAUGUUUUAUGUGACUCAUUUAUCAUUGGAAGUAUUUUGCACUCUGUUAUUUAACUUGAAGCCUUUCACGCCCAGCCUUUAUGUCUAAGUUAGUCUGAAGAGAAUGUUCUGUCAGUUUAUCUGAACCCUGCAUCACUGUCUGCUGCCACCAUCAGACUCAAGUAAUAUUCAGUAAUAAUGACAAGUUCACUGUAUCUGGACUUAUUUAGGCAAACUACACUUGCACACGGUAUCUAAUAUUGUGUGUGUGAUGCUUUCAUGAUCCACAAGUCUUAACAUAAAUAGUUUUUUUUUAUAUUUAAUAAAUGAAUGCUGAGUUAUGCAGCCUCUAAAUGGACAGACACUAACACUGCUGUGAUGAGUGUAUGCUUAAAUUACAAAGUAGUGUAAUGUGCAUUUUAGAAGUGUGAUUGCAGGCUAGUGGCAUGUUGUUGAUACAUCAGAACAUAUUAAUGCAUGCUGUUAUUUUCUACAACUUCCUUUUCGCUUGCAAAGUGUGACUGCAUGAUCUUUUUUAUUUAUUCACUUAAGAGGAAAAGGACAAUCAUUUGUACAAGGAAAACAUUAGCUCUAAGUUAAUGUUUGAUUUCUCCCUAUUGUUGCACAUCAGAACUAGGAUAUACAGCACAGGUAGAAUGACACUUAGUGAAAUCACGUAGAUGGCUUUAGACUGAAAGUCCAACAACUUUUUGGGAGUAUUGCUAAAAGCCUUCCUGGUUGUGUUUUCAUGUACAUAUUUGUUGUAAGAACAUCCAUCUAUAGAUACAGUGGCAUGUGUGGAAUAUUGACCCAAAUGUCCCAAAUACAAUAAUAUAUUGGGUUUCUGAUUUUAUUGAAUUGUAAAUUGUCCUGAUAUUAUUUAAUAAUAUCUAAAUGGCCCAAUAUUCAUGACAAUCACAUCUCCACGGCUGUUAAUUCAGUGUACUUACUGUAACUGUUAAUACAGUUGUCUAAACUAGUAACCAAUGAGUAUUUUUUGCUAAAAUUAAAACCCCCUGUUGUAAUUUCAGGUAUAUCAGCAUUAUAUAGUUUCACCUUCAAAAUUUCACACCUGAUUUUUAAGCCCAAGUUUCAUCCUAUAGAUUUCCAUGAUCCACCUUUAGCCCAUAUGCCUUAAACUCUUUUGUAAAUGUUAUGUGUCAUUUGUUCUCCCUCAUGCAUAAUGUUAUAUGUUUGUGUUGUAUAUCAUGUGGAAGUAGAGUGAAACAGGCCUUAGUAGAAAAUAAAACCAAAAGUCACAACUAU